CCCGGCAGGUGGCGGAUUACUCGGUCCCUGGAGGGCUCGCGACCAGAGGGCGGAGCCAGAAGGGCCGGCAUAGCCCCUGGUGACCCGCUGCCCCGUGCCCUUCCCCAGCGAUGGGCGUGCAGCCCCCCAACUUUUCCUGGGUGCUCCCGGGCCGGCUGGCGGGGCUGGCGCUGCCGCGGCUCCCCGCCCACUACCAGUUCCUGUUGGACUCGGGCGUGCGGCACCUGGUGUCCCUAACGGAGCGCGGGCCUCCCCACAGCGACAGCUGUCCGGACCUCACGCUGCACCGAUUUCGCAUCCCAGACUUCUGCCCUCCGGCCCCCGACCAAAUCGACCGCUUCGUGAAGAUCGUGGACGAGGCCAACGGCCGGGGAGAGGCUGUGGCAGUGCACUGUGCCCUGGGAUUUGGGCGCACUGGCACCAUGCUGGCCUGUUACCUGGUGAAGGAGCGAGGCUUGGCUGCAGGAGAUGCCAUCACGGAAGUCCGGCGCCUGCGACCUGGCUCCAUCGAGACCUACGAGCAAGAGAAAGCAGUCUUCCAGUUCUACCAGAGAACUAAAUAAGGGGUCUCAGCACUCUUCUGCCAGGCCCUGUGUGGAAAAUGGGGUCAGAGACAAAGGGAAGUGGUCUAAGUAUUGAGCCCUCCGGCUUCCUUUGGCUCCCACUGAACUGAAAUCUCCCUUCCUCGAGGCAGGUCCUGAUUGACAGGGUGGCUGGGGCCCCAUUGAAAGGGGAAGAAGUGUGCUGCUUCCUUGAAUAAAUAACUUAUCAGAACCAGCUCACCCUGCAUAGCACUUGACCAAGCGCUCUCACAAAUCAACUUAUUUGAACUUCAUGCUAGCCCUGCAGGAUAAGAAAGGCAAAGAUCCCCCCUGUUCUUUGGAUGAGGUAGCUAAAGCUCAGGCCCAAGGUCACACUUCUAGAAAGAAGAAGGAUGGGCCAGGACUGCAACACACAUCUUCUUAAAGAUGCUGAAAUGCUGUAUGUCCAUUCCCUGUGAUAUUGGCUAUGGUUUCCAGGGAACUGGUCAAUGAAAGGAUGCAAAUUCCUGGCAGCCCAGCUUCCCAGUAUCCCCAGGUCUCUGUCACUCGCAGGCAAGCGCCCUGUUGAUGUAACCUCUCAGUCUAGGCCAACCUGCCCCCCAUAUGUCAGCUUGGCUCUUCUCAGAGCAAAGCAGGCCUGGAUGUCCUAUUUAUAGAUGGUCACUAUCUCCAUCUCCCCUGGAGUUGGCGUUUUCUGCCAGCCUCGGGUGUUGCUCAGCUCCUAUGGGACUUGUAGCCCAUCAUGCUGCCCCAACCUCAGGUCAAUGAAUGCUAGAACAAGCAGUUUGGGUGAAUAUGCACAGUGGAUAUUUGAUAAAUAAAGAGCUCUGGGGCUAUGAAUCUUGA